GCGCGGCAUUGUUCUGGGUUUUCCUUUCUUUUUCGUCUCUGCAAAGCUCGCAUCUCUGUCGCCUGUGGAUUGUAUGGGUGGGUGGCGAUCGGUUCGGACGACCGGGGCGCGAGUUCGGUUGGUGAAUCUUCGCUCGGCGUGGGAAUGUGGGUCUGGUCCUCAUCACAGUAGGCCAUUAGCCAAUUGUUCAGCAUAGCAACUAGAAGUGCCUGGGGCUCAUCAUCGCUACAAGAUCUUGUUGGGGGUAGUAUGGCUAUGGCUACAAAUGAAAACCUUCCUCCAAAUGUUAUAAAGCAACUUGCAAAGGAACUGAAGAGCCUUGAUGAAUCCCCUCCGGAGGGCAUAAAAGUUGGAGUAAAUGAUGAUGAUUUUUCCACCAUAUUUGCUGAUAUUGAAGGCCCAGCUGGGACUCCAUACGAGAAUGGUGUUUUUCGGAUGAAGUUGUUAUUGUCUCGUGACUUUCCACAUUCUCCUCCCAAAGGUUUUUUUCUUACCAAGAUUUUCCACCCAAAUAUUGCUACCAAUGGCGAAAUUUGUGUCAACACAUUGAAGAAGGACUGGAAUCCUAGUUUGGGACUACGUCAUGUUCUUAUUGUCGUUAGGUGCUUACUCAUCGAACCGUUUCCCGAGUCAGCUCUGAAUGAACAGGCUGGCAAGAUGCUGCUUGAAAAUUAUGAAGAGUAUGCCAGACAUGCCAGACUUUACACGGGAAUACAUGCCCUCAAGCCAAAACCCAAGUUUAAGUCAGGAGCCAUUUCUGAAUCGACCACCGUACUCAACGUCGACCAGAGUAAUGCUUCGCUUAUUAAGGUUGACCAGAAGAAUCAAGCAACAGCAGCAGCGGUGCCUUUGCCUUCGAAUGCAGCAGCACCCAAGGGAGUGAAUAGCCAGGAGCAUUUGACGAGUGCGGCUCCAUUACCCGAGACCGGAGUGAGCGGGUCUGCAGUUGUUAGCAGCACUGCGGCUCAAAAGAAGGAACUUGGGUCGGUGAAAGUCCAGCCAGACAAAAAGAAGAUGGACGCGAGGAAGAAAAGCUUGAAAAGAUUGUAACAUUUGAAAUUCAUUCGUAUUCCCGGUUCACCUCUCUUGGCUUAUGUACAACGACUUCCUCCAUUGAUGAGAGUGGAUCAAUUGAGCUGAUCUUACCGUUUGCAUUUGCGCAAUAAAUUUGUGCUUUCGUGGAUAUUCUCA